AUGAGUUCAAAUAUGCCGUUGGCGGGUCCAAGUCUGGCUAUCUUUAUCAUUUCUAUGGUCAUGAUGAUUGUUUCCAUUGUGGCCGUGUCGAUGAGAACGUUCGUGAGGCUCUUCAUUGUUCGGGCUUUUGGCUGGGAUGACGCCCUUAUGCUUGCAGCACUAGCCCUGUUCUUGGUAUUGAACGUGUGUUCAAUUAUUGGAGCAAAAAACGGGGCUGGCCGUGAUAAAGGUGAUUUCACCGAUCACGAGGUCUAUAGAAUAGCUCUUCUGUAUUGGUGGCUCAGUCAAAUCUUCUACAUCUGGGCGUCGGUACUUGCCAAGAUAUCCAUCGCCGUCGCCCUCCUCCGAUUAACGAUCGAAAAGAUCCAUCGCAUAAUUCUCUUAUGCAACAUCGGGCUCACAAUAGCUAUUGGCUUCAUGUUUUGGAUGGUCAUGCUUCUUGAUUGCCACCCAAUCUCAUACUUUUGGGAUUACGCGGAUCCUUCGAAGUCAGGAACGUGCAUGUCUAAGAAUGAUUUGGUCAAAGUCGCAUACGUGUAUAGCUGCUUGACAAUAGUAUGCGACCUGACACUUGCGAUCCUACCAAUUUUCCUCAUUUGGAGAUUGCAGAUGAGCUAUUGGACGAAAGUUGCAGUUGCGGGAGUUCUCAGCGUGGGUGCAAUUGCGAGCGUCGCGGUCAUAGUUCGGUUACCGUUUCUCCGCUUCUAUGCCGACACAAAUUUUCUACAUUCUACCUACCAAAUAGCGAUAUGGUCCGUUAUCGAAACCGGCCUUGGAAUCACCGCCAGCAGUCUUUUCACCCUCCGUCCACUCUUCCGGUGGUUUCGGCAUGAAAAUUUGUCAUAUGGUCGACACACCCGCGGUCCUAGCAGAGGAUAUCCUGGAAGAGGCUAUAAUGAAUGCCAUCUCUCCAGUCUCAACAAAGAUGGCUUGAAGGAAUCAAACCCGAGAGUUCAGGCUCCUGCCAAUAUAUAUGGCAGGAGAAGCAGUGUGAUAAGCACCGUGACGCUUCCACCACUGCGGGAUUUUAUUACUUCCAACGGCAGUGAAGAAGAUCUAUACCCCGAGAGGAGCCCGUUUGCUUCAACAAAUGGUGUCACUGUUCACACGACAUUUACUCAGGUCGUUUCAGAGCGAAACGAAUAA